UAUUCUCAAACGGUCCAUAUAUUUGGCGAAAUUUUGACAUCCAAAGUUUAACACAAAUAGUGCAAAGUUAUAUGGAACUACUUACUUCUGAAACAGAUUCUUCUAAGGGAGGAUUAAAUUCUGGCAAUAGUUUUCUAAAUACCCUUGCAAAAGCAGAGCCUUCAGCUGAGUGGUUAAUGAAUUGGUUAUAUGAUUAUCAACUUAGGCCUCUGGCAACACCAAGAUUGGCUGAAAUGAUUGUUGAGAUUCUAGAUAAAUCUGAGCAGAAUACUUCAAAAAACAACUCUUCUCAACAAGAAACUCCCAACUUAUGGUUAUUUCAAUUUUGCUUAAUAUUACGUUGUCUUCGAGUGCCUUCUUUUCAAGAAUUUCUACUCGAAACAGUUCCAAGUCCGUCUAAAUUUGAAGAAUGUUUUUGCAAUAAAGUUAUAUAUUUUUUAAAUUUGGCAUUAACAAUUCCAUCGAAUAAUCGGGAAAGAAAAAUUUUUGUUGAUGAAUUGUUGGCUACUUCUAUGAGCGAUUGUGGUGCUAAAUUAAUUAUUUCGUCUAUCCUUCUAAAUGAAAUUUUUAAUUUAAUGAUUACUAAAUUAAAUCAAAAAAUUUCAAUUCAAUUUGAAUCUCUUCCAUUAAAAUUACUUCAAAAUAUUUUUUCCCAUUGUGAACUUUCUUUUAAAUUAACUCCAAAAUUAAAUACAAAAAUUAUUGAAUAUCUCAAAUAUUUUUCUACAAAAAUAAUGAAAAAACAAUUAUUUACCUCAUCUUUGGGAAAUACUAAUCCUUUUGAAUUACGUGAACUUUGUAUUAAUGCAAGUUUUUUAAAAUUAUUUUUGAGAGAUAAAGGAGUUAGGUAG